UGAAUGAAACCUGUGUUUUAAGACAGAUUACUUACUAUUUAAACCGUUAGCAUAAUAGGGAGAAUGUAAUGUGGUUGAAAUGGUACAAAAUACAUAGUUUAGGAAAAUAUGGAUUGCUCAGUUGAUCAGUUAGGAUUUUCUUCAACGUCAUUAAACUUACAGCUAAUUCAUGAAAUUUUCAGAUAAACUGAGAUGACUUAAAAUGUAAGACAGUACAAAUAUAGAUUUUUAUUCCUUCCCAAACCCCCAAGUUCAAUUGCAAUGUGUAUUGAAUCACAGGAGAUUUUAUUUAAUUUUUAUUUAUUUUUACAUCAAAAGUAGGUAGCAUCAAAGUAGAGAAAAAAGCACAAAUUUCAGUUAGCUCAUACAUGUUUUUUCUUUUUUUUUUCUUUUACUGAUUUGGUUAUUUGCCAUUUCUGGGGAUUAAACUUUAAAAAAUGUUCUUCUUUUCUGUAUCUGAUGUUCUGUGUGCUAUUAGUGAUGCAGCCAACACGAACGGUUGUCAUGUGUAAAACAACUUUCGAUCACCGUGAAAGCACCGCCCUGGGAAAGCGUCCAUGCUUGAUAUCGUUUGGUUCAUGAACAUUAAGUUUCCAGUACAGGUAAAAUCCCAGAUGAAGCCAAAGCCCUUUCUCUAUUGGCGCCUGCUCCUACUAUGACAAGCCUGAUGCCUGGUGCAGGGUUGCUUCCAAUACCUACACCAACGCCUUUAACAACACUUGGUGUUUCACUUGGCACUCUGGGAGCAAUACCAGCAGCAGCAUUGGACCCUAACAUUACUGCACUGGGAGAAAUACCCCAGCCACCAAUAAUGGGGAAUGUGGACCCAUCCAAAAUUGAUGAAAUCAGGAGAACAGUAUAUGUUGGAAACUUGAAUUCACAGACCACAACAGCUGAUCAGCUGCUUGAAUUCUUUAAGCAAGUUGGAGAAGUCAAAUUUGUGCGAAUGGCAGGUGAUGAGACUCAACCAACACGAUUUGCUUUUGUGGAAUUUGCAGACCAAAAUUCUGUACCUCGAGCUCUUGCCUUUAAUGGAGUUAUGUUUGGAGACAGGCCACUAAAAAUAAAUCACUCCAAUAAUGCAAUAGUGAAGCCUCCUGAAAUGACACCGCAGGCUGCUGCCAAGGAACUGGAAGAAGUGAUGAAGAGAGUAAGGGAAGCUCAGUCUUUCAUAUCUGCUGCUAUUGAGCCAGAGUCUGGAAAGAGCAGUGAAAGAAAAGGCGGUCGAUCUCGUUCCCAUUCUCGUUCAGAAUCCAGGUCUAGCUCAAAAUCCCGAUCUAGAAGGAAAAGAUCACAUUCAAAACACAGAAGUCGGUCUGGCAACAGAUCGCUCUCAAGACACAAGGACAGGCGCAGAUCCAGAAGUCCCCUGAAAAAACGAUCUAGAUCUAAGGAAAGGCGGAAAUCAAGGAGUCGGUCUCGCUCUCGGGACAAGAAAAGAGACAAGGAAAAGGUCAAGGAAAAAGAAAAGACCAAAGAAAAGGAGAGAGACCGAGACAAGGAGAAGGAAAGAGACCGGGAUAGAGACAAAGAAAGGGAAAGAGAGAGAGAUAAAGAGAGAAACAGGGAUAAGGACAGGGAUAAAGACAAAGAUCGAAACAAAGAUCGGGAGAGAGUCAAAGAUAGGGAUAGAGACAGGGACAAGGAAAGGGAAAAGGAGAAAGAUGAAAAGGAAAAAGACAGGGAAGAUGUAGAUCAGAACAAAGAAAAAGAUGAUGACAAAGAUGGGGAGAAAGAUAGAGAGAAGAUGAAGGAUAGGGAGGGAGAUAAGGACAAGGGAGGGGACAAAGAGAAAGAAAGAGAAAAAGAAAAGGAAAGAGAUGGGGAUAAGGAGAGGGAGCGAGAAAAAGAGAGAGAUGAUAAAAAGAAGAAAGAUAAGAGAUCCAGAACUCCCCCAAGAAGCUAUAGCUCUUCAAGAAGAUCGCGUAGCUCCAGCAGAGAAAGGCGUAAGAGGAAGAGUAGAAGUCUUUCUAAGUCUCCUAAAACAUCCAAAGGAACAAAAAGAAAGUCUUCACGAACUCCUUCUCCAAGAAGAAACAAGAAAGAGAAAAAAAGAGAACGAGAUACAUAUAAUGAAGGAAGAGAAAGAGAACGCUCCACUUCCAAGAAAAAAAGUAGUAAAGAGAAAGAGGGAAGGGAGAAAUCUGACAAAAGCACCACUACUUUGAAGGACAAAGAUCACGCUAAAGAGGAUCAGAAUUCAGAAACUGACAAAGAUGUUGACAACAGAGAUACACAAAGGACAGAUGAAGUCAAACUUCAGCAGAAUGGAAACUGUCAACCAAACGAAGAUAACCUCUCAAUUAAAAUGGAAGAGGUUUAAAGCAAAGAAUCAACCUCUGUCUCAACUAAGGAAUGAAAUCCAAAGCUUAUUCCCAGAAUGAGGAAGAAAACGUCAAAGCAAUCAACCUGACCAUGUUGAUAGCACUAAGAGCUCUUUCAAUUCUUGUGAUAGCUUUGUUGUCUUCUUGCUGUAAAGCAGGAAAGCACAGACCAGUAGUUACACCAUGCAAAAGCAUAUGUCAUCAGAGCUAUUCAUCUCUGAAACUCCAUGCAUUUCCAUGAUGGCUGUACUUAUAGGUAAAAUGAUUUAUGUUAAGUUUAGCCAUAGGCUGUUAAAUAGGAACUGAAAGAAGUAAACCUUUACUACCCCUAAAAAAAAAAAAAAACAAAAAAAAAAAAAAAAGCUGAAGAUAAACAUUGAAAGUUGUUUUAAAAUGUUGCUUGUUGAUGAAUUUUGUGUUAUUUUACUUUGUGGGUUAAGAAGUCCACAGAAACUUCAGUGUGUACUUUUUUAUGUGCUUGGAAGUGGUGCAUAAAUGUACACACUUUCUUUUGGUGUAAAUGACAGCUGUUGGAAAAGUUUUUAUGGUUCUUAUGAUAUAUGCCCAAUUACUAGUAUGUUCUUCAUUUGCUCACUGCUUGAGGUUUGUGGGUUUUAUUAUCUAAAAUAAUUUCUUACCAAUAUCCCUAAAGUCAGUAUUUGCUUAAAGUAUUUGAACAAUGCAUGCUACUUUUCUGUUCCUAAAAGGAACAUUGCCAUGUAUGAUGAUAACAGGUUAGCUUAUUGAGUUAUUUUCAGGUUGUUUUGUUUUGUUGUUCUCUUCUGUUCCACAACUGAGCACAUCUGUAUAUUAGGAGAACUUAACAGCUUUGUUUUUUUGACAUGUACUGCAGUAUGUCUGUUCAGCUGCAAAUGGUACAGGUGCCAUUAUGAAAUUAAAUUUUUUCUUAUUUGUUUAAAAAAUUUGAGAGCACAAGCAUAAGCUUUAGUGCCUUCUUAAAAUGUGGUAUUUUCAAGAAAUAUGUAUGUGCUAUAACAUUUUCAGCUAAAUCUUGCAUCAUCUCUAUUGCUGUUUUGCCACUACCAUACUACAGACAAGAGUGCAAGUAAUUUUUCAGAAUGGAUGUUUAGUUCACUUAUUUAAGUAGAACAGGUCCAUUUUUACAAUUAUUUUUUAUUUUCAGAAAAGAUAGAGUAAAUGUAAUGAUGCAUUUUGGGGACCACCACUGUACAAAGAUAGUAGCUGAAUACAGCGUAUUUUCUGAACACCUGCAUCACAGGCAGCCCUUAAGAUACUAAUUACAUUUGGAUGGCCUUAACAGUUACCUCUCCAUCCUUUUCUCUGAUAUCCAUCAGGUGUUGUACAAUGAAUUUAAUGCAGAGCUGGGGGUGGAAAAUAGUUGGGGAAGAAAUGUUCUAAUUUACAUAGGAGUUAUAUGUUAGAUAAUCUUUUUUCAUUCUUUGGUGAGAAAGCAUGUAAGAAGCAAAUGACAAAGCCGGUAUUUUUUUCAAGUAAAACCAUAAUUUGUGCUGUCUGAGCUAAUGUAACCAGUUUCAUUGUUGUGAGAUUUUUUAAGAGUCAUAUUUACAAACUUACUUAUACCUAAAAUCAGGUAGAUUAUACACCUUAUUACAAUCAAAUGAAUUAAUUGCCUUACCUCAUGGAAGGAGUUUCAUUCAGUUAGAAAUUAAAAAAGGCUUAAUAGGAUACUAGCAGUUUGCCUUCAAUUUCCUUUUCUUUUGCAUAGUUAAUUCUUAUGAAAAUAAUUUUUAAAAAGCAUAAUACAGGGAACGAAAAAUUUGUCCAAUUCCUAAGGUAAUGAAACCUAAUUUGAUUGUGAAGCUGCUUAAUCACUUGUCAUUUUUGAUAGGAUUUAGUGUUCUUCCCACUGUGUACAUUUAAGACUAUAGAAAAUGCUUUACCAUGUAAAGUAUAGACAGUCAUUUUUGUGAUGUUUAAGCCACGUGCUGAUGGUUGGUUAACAGCUUACUCUGAUAAAAGAAUGACAAAUCUGUAUGCUUAAAGGAAGGUUGUGAAGGAUUGUGUCUUGCAGCAACAGCUGUCUUAUUUAUGAUGUGUAAGUAGCGUAGAGCAAAGAGGUUGUUUGUGUACUUGUUAUCUUUGUUACCAUUUCACUAAUAAAAUUAAGUAUUUUAGAGGGAAGUUUCUGCUGUUACAGACUUAUUAAAGAAACAUUUUGGUUGGUCAUCAGGUUUUAUUCAGGCAGCUUUUUUUUUAAUUUGAAAUGUGGAUGCAAGUUAAAAUACACCUGUAUUAUUUAUAAUGUCUUGGAAAAGAUAAUUUACUCCUUCUCUGGGAGAAAUUAGAGUUCUCAUAGUACAUCAUAUUUCAGUUCAUCUUAGUUUGAUUUUCUUAGUUUUGUAAUCCUGAAUUCGCAUAGUUCAGAAUGUGUACAUGGUUGUGCACAGUUAGUGAAGAAAAAUGACUUGGAAAAUUCAUAGGUAACAAUGGCAGCAUUAAUAGCUAAUAUAUCAUAUAUAUGCAGCAUAUGAAGAUAGAUUUUAUGUGAGUUAAUAUUCCCUUUUAAAAAAGCUUUGAGAAAGGAGGGGGAAAAAAAAGAAUAUACACCAAAUACACACAUUUCCUCCUUCCAAACUGUGUUUUCUUACAAAUACUGUAUUUUCUGUUCUGCCUUGUAGUACUUUGUAGUUCUGUGAUGAUAGUUUUAUCUCUUUGUAUUAGGUGUUUAAUGGUUCUCUUCUUUGUUUAAAAAAAAAGAAAAAAAAGAAAAAAAAGCCACCAUUAGAUGAUUAAUGUUUUGUAAAACACCCAUCACCACAGAGGGCAGAUCAUUUUUAAACCAGUACUGGAACAGUACCUCCUUGCUCUGCCACGUUUGUGUGUUUGACCCAUUAAGUGUGACUGUCUUCUAGUGGAAGUCCAUGCCUUGAUCGUAUUGGAUUUGCAUGCUGAGCUGCUGUGUCAGUAGUUUGCUUUUGCACUUCUAUGAGUUGAUAAAACUAAAUGAUGGUUUUGA